UUUGUCAGAUGAAAAUCGAUCCAGUAGUCGCGGUUCGAUUAACUAGUUAGGAAGCUCACGAUAAUUAAGCGACAAUGAAGUUGUUCCUUCUCUCACUUUGCUUGUGCCUCGCUGUGGCCGCAGCUGUGGUUCCACGACGCACCAGAAAUCGCGAACAAUUCUCGAAGAAAGAUGAAGAAUUAUUGAAACUAGCCAGCUUCAAGAGGGUGUUCAAGGAUGAGCCCGUUCCGAUGAAAAGUGCUAGACUGACCAAGGAUAUGGUCAGACCUAAAGUAACUCCACGACAUGCUGAUAUCGAAGUGAAACAGUUCCAAACCCGAUUGGAUCAUCUUACGGCAUCUGAUCAACGCACUGUUGAAUUUCAAUACUUUUUGAAAAAAGAGUACUAUAUAAACGACAUGGGUGGCAUUUUCAUUUACAUCAACGAUGGGGAUGUAUUUACCACCGAAUUCUUGGAGACUGGGUUAAUGCACGACAUUGCCAUUGACACCUAUUCAGCUUUGGUUACAGCUGAUUUGAGAUAUUUCAGAAACAAUUUGCCAACAGAAAAUGCAGCCACAGACAAUUUGCGUUUCCUUUCGGCUGAGCAAAUGGUUGCUGAUAUUGGAGAAUUGGUUGAGGAAGUAAGGGAUGAACUUAAUGCACCGGACGCAAAUGUAAUCCUAUGGGGAACUGGUCAUGGAGCUGCACUAGCCACGUGGGCGAGACGUGAAUUUCCUGAUUUAAUCCAAGGUGUAUGGUCAUCUAGUGGAAUAUUCAAUCGCACCCUUUGGACCAAUGAACCAUACGAAAGUCUCUCGGAAACCAUUCGUGAAAUUGGUGGUGAUGAGUGUGCUGAAGAUGUUGCUAAUGCUUUCUUUGAAUUCGAAUAUCUUUUGCGCACCUACGAGUGGUUCUUUGUUGAAGAAAGUUUGGAUUUGUGCAUCUUCAUUUGGGACUUUUAUGAUGAAGAAAUGGCAGUUGCCAGUCACGGAUUGAUUGAAAUGAUUCAACAUUACUUUGAAGUUUACCACUUCCAUGGAGUCCGAAACUUCUGUGCAGACAUCCGAUCCGAUAGCAGAGAGGAAGCAUUCGUUGCGUUCGCUCGAUGGGUCAGACACGUUUUUACUGACAGAACUUGUCUCGAAUUCGACUACUAUCAACGAGUUUAUUUGGCUUCACAAGAAAAUUGGGAAGACGUUCAACAACUGUCAUGGGAUGGUGUUGACAACAUGUAUCCAUUGCAAAGUCGUCCAGCAUUGUAUCACCGAUGUACCGAAUAUGCUAAUUUACCACUAACCGUCAACUCAGACUCACUGUUCGGACGAUUGAUUCAACAAGAAUUCUGGUUCUUGUAUUGUUCGGACUCAUUCUAUGGCGAGGAUUAUGACUACACUGAACUUGACGAUGCUGUGGCAGCUUUGAACCAACGUUUCGGUGGUACACAACCAAGAAUCACCAACGCUAUUUAUACUAAUGGUGAAUUGGAUCCGUACGUUUCAUUCGGCAUUAGUGAAACUGCAGAAGAUGAUACACACGUCUUCAACAUUCCAAAUCACUUCAAAUCAGUUGACCUUCACUCCAUCUCCGCUUUCGAUUCAGAAGACGUAAGACAAGUGAAAACAGAAAUUGCUGAAAUUAUUACUCGAUGGGUUAGCGAAUAGAGAAUUUAAGAUCAAUUAUCGAUGUGCCUAACGUUGCCAAUAAAAAACAUAUCGACCUAGUCGAUCUUUGAAUAAA